AUGCAACCGGUUAUACGUGCAUCACUGGUUCUGUGUUCUAGUAUUUAUAUUCUUACAGCAUUAUUUGGAUUUCUCCUAUUUGGCGAGUCUACACUUGAUGAUGUGCUGGCCAACUUUGAUACUGAUUUAGGCAUCCCUUAUAGCAGUCUACUCAAUGACAUUGUUCGUAUCAGCUAUGCCCUCCACCUCAUGCUUGGUGCUUUGAGGAAUGCAAUAGCCACAUUUAUUCAGGUCUCUCCAAUACUGAAGGAUAGCAUCUGGACCUAUCUUGAGCAAUAUGAUCUGCCAGUAGUUGUUGGGCCUGAUAUCCAGAACAAUCCACAAUCCAUGGGUACUCAGGUUUAUGAUAUGCAAUUUGAACUGAAUGAAAUUGAAGCAAGGAGAGAACAAUAUCCCUCAACUAUAUCUUUCCUUAAUUUGGUAAAUGCUCUUAUUGCAGAAGAAAGUGAUUUGUCUGAUAGAGGGAGAAGGAUAUUAAGCAUGUAUGACAUCAAGGAUGAGGACUACGAGGGUGUAGUUGACCAGUCACGACUUUCAACAACUAAAGAAUCAUCACCACUUCAGACACAGCUCCCAGUUUUAGAGUUGCUCAAAGACUUCAUGAGUGGAAAGACUGCCUUUCGGAACAUAAUGAGUAUUCUUCUUCCAGGGGUGAAUUCCGUUAUUGCUGAACGCAGCAGUCAGUUAUAUGGGCAGCUUUUAGAGAAUGCUGUGCAGCUUGCCCUGGAAAUCAUGAUCUUGUGGACCUGA